CGCGUACAAGGUGUACGCGUCGCCCCCAGCUCGCGUCACCUACACCGCUCGGAGUUGCUCAGAACACAUCUCCCUCUCCCUCUCCCACAUCCACCAUGGCCGACGUUGAGAUGAAACCCGUAGAUGAGGAGAAGAAGGCUGAGGAGGGAAAGAAGGAAGAAGCCAAGGAGCAGAGCGCACCUCCACUCACCCCGGUCGCGGAAAUCAAGGCCAAUGUCGCGCUCAUCGAGAGGGCCGUCUCGACCCUCGAGCCCCGCUUCAUGCAUCGCGUGCUACGCACCUUGGGCGCACUGCGCAAGAAGCUGGACGACAGCGUCCUCCGAGAGGCCAUCUCCGAGGUGUAUACCACAGAAUCACCUACCAAGAAGACAUUACUCGAAUGGCUUCCUGCAGCGCCCUCCGCAGACCACUCCAUGGACAUAGACUCCGCGCCCGCACCCAAGCAGUCUCAGCCCGAGCCCGUACCCGAAUCCGAAGUCUAUUUCCGCCUCCUCAUCCUCCACCACCUCCUCACGUCGCAGAACACGUACACGCAAGCCAUGGACCUCGCUCAUGAAACCAUUGAGCGCACGCAGUCGCUGAACAGGCGUAGCAUGGAUCCCAUCGCCGCGAAGGUGUGGUACGCUGUGGAGCGGACGUACGAACUCAGUGGUCAGCUCGCUGACGCAAGACCGCUAUUCCUGGCUGCUCAGCGUACAGCGUCCCUGCGACACGACGACGAGACACAGGCUUCCCUCAUAAACCGCCUCCUCCGAAGCUACAUCCAAUUCAGCCUGUACGACCAAGCAGACAAGCUCGUCUCAAAGACGACCUUCCCCUCAUCGGCAGGAAACCCGCAAUUCGCGCGGUAUCACUACUACCUGGGUCGUAUCAAGGCCGUUCAGCUGAAUUACACGGCGGCACACACGAAUCUGCAGCAAGCCAUCCGUAGAGCGCCGCCUGCGAAGACUGCACCUGGUUUCUACCAGGCAGUGCACAAGUUGUCUGUUGUGGUGGACUUGCUUAUGGGUGAGAUCCCAGAACGCAGUCUCUUCAGACAUCCCGUUCUCGAGAAGGCACUCAGCGGCUACUUCGAGAUUGUGAAAGCCGUGCGCAUGGGCUCCCUCUCGCAAUUCCGGUCCACGCUCUCGAAAUACGCGUCCCUCUUCGAGCAGGACAGGACGUACACGCUGAUCGUGCGCUUGCGGCAGAACGUGAUCAAGACGGGCAUCCGGCGACUGUCGCUCUCGUACUCGCGCAUCUCGCUGCGCGACAUCUGCGUGAAGCUCCACCUCGACUCGGAGGAGGACGCGGAGUACAUCGUCGGCAAGGCGAUCCGCGACGGCGUCAUCGAGGGCCGCAUCGUGCACGAGAAGGGCUGGAUGGACUGCGGCGGCCAAAAGAGUGGGUAUGGCCCCGAGGUCAGCGACGUGUUUGCAAGGCGGAUUUCGUACUGCUUGGAGCUGCACAACCAGAGCGUCAAGGCUAUGAGGUACCCGUUGAACGCGCACCGCAAGGAACUCGCUGCUGCAGAGGGUGCCCGGGAGCGUGAAAAGGAACUUGCAAAGGAGCUGCAGGAGGGCGGCGACCUUGACGAUGAAGGCCCCGAUCUCGGAGAGGGUUUCUGAAAGUGUAACGAGUCGAUAUCGCAUUGAACGGUUGAGUUCGUUUUGCUUGCACAUGAACUACUGUCCCGGACUCGUAGUCCUGGGACCCCGCCCGAGCAUCCCCCAACAUCGGUGUGUAGCCCUGGUAAUCGCCUUGACAUUGCAGGAUAAUGGCAUGUGGGGUAGUCCUCUCGGUUCGAAGAGCAGGCUUGUCGUGACCUGUCCGUUUUGCUCAGGACUGCAUGAUAAGUAUCUGUCCCGAGCGAGAGAAGUGCGAGUGUCGGCUUGAUUGAUCCGGGCACACCGCUCAUUUAGUCUAAUUGACUUUCAGCAUCUAAUAAACGCAAUGUUGUGAGAUCA